AUGGCCUCCCGCUUGGCGCGAAGCGCUGUUGGCGCUCCUCUUCUCCGACCCGUUUUCCCUCGUCGAGCCUUACCGGCGCUGUCCGCCGUCGCGGCGGCUCGCCACGCCAGCAAUGUCCCAGCCGAAGAGCCCAAGAAGAAGGCCCAGAGCAUCAUCGAUUCUCUCCCAGGAAGCAGCCUUCUCAGCAAGACGGCGUUCCUUAGCAGCGCUGCCGGUCUCAGCAUCUAUGCGAUCAGCAACGAGUACUACGUCAUGAACGAGGAGACCGUCGUCGCCAUCUGCCUGUUGGCCGUCUGGGGUGGCCUCAUCAAGUACGGCGGUCCCGGCUACAAGGAGUGGGCCGAGAGUCAGAACCAGAAGAUCAAGAACAUCUUGUACAGCGCCCGUGCCGACCACACCGAGGCUGUGAAGGGACGAAUCAACGACGUCAAGCAGAUGACUGGCGUUGUCGACAUCACCAAGGCUCUCUUCGAGGUCUCCAAGGAAACUGCCAAGCUGGAGGCUAAGGCCUACGAGCUGGAGCAGCAAACCGCCCUGGCCGCUGAAGCCAAGGCUGUUCUCGACUCCUGGGUCCGGUACGAGGGCCAAGUGAAGCAGCGUCAACAGAAGGAGCUCGCCGCUUCCAUCAUUGCCAAGGUCCAGAAGGAGCUGCAGAACCCCAAGGUUUUGCAGCAGAUUCUGCAGCAGAGCGUUGCUGAUGUGGAGAAAAUCGUCUCUUCCAAAGCCCAAUAG